CACAGAUUUAUAUUGCCGAACGCAGUUAAUAUAUGUACAUCUAUUUGCAGUUGAUUUGUGAUCAUAGAACUUUAAUCACACACUGCUACUCUGGUUAUCCUGGUUCUGUCCACGACCAAAGAGUUUUUCGGCAAUCGGAAGUGGCAGACUUUUUAAACGACGAUGAGAAGUUUCCUACAGACAGCCACAUUUUGGGUGAUGCUGCAUAUGAGCUGCAUCAACAUCUGCUCACCCCUUUUCGAGACAAUGGUCAUCUUAAUGAGAGACAGAACAAUUACAAUUACAGACAUUCAGCAGCAAGAGUAUCAGUGGAGAGGUGCAUUGGUUUAUUAAAAGGACGUAUGCGAAGCUUAUUGCACUGUUUACCAAUGUCGAGAGUCGACUUGAUGGCAGAAUAUAUUGUAGCAUGUUGUGUAAUUCACAACAUUUGCACAUUACGAGGAGAUGAAAUAGAUAUUGUUAUAUUACCUUCACUUUCAGAAGAAAACGUGACAGAUGACAACGUUUUGCAUCAACCAAGACAAAAUAUUGCGGUUUACAAAAGAAAUUUGAUUAUGGAUAGUUUGAUUCGUAGAUAACCUAUGGGC